AUGGAGAACAAACAGGAUCUGCAAGAUGUCCGGGAGCAACUGGUGGUUCUGCAGUCGCUGGCGCACCGGACAGCGAUUGGCGCCUUCCCGGCAUACUGGGCUCAAGUGAACCUUCUGAGCCUCGGCAUUCCGACCAUUGUGUGGGGCGAUGCACGCGGCAAUUUGGACGUUUUGGAAGGAAGGUGGCCACCCGGCGACCUUUUCGGUGAUGGCAGUGAGUUUGGCACGCUGCCCCUGCAGUAUCCACCUGAGCUUGUUAUACGCGGAGACGGCGACGCGCUCGGAGCAUUGCGCCUGGUCCUACAGAAUGCGACGCUGCGGGCCCUGGCCAGGGAGCAAGGCUUGCAGCUGGCGCAGCGCUUCACUUUGCAGAAGAUCGCGUCCCGACUAGCCCGAAUCCUGCGCUUGCUGCUGCGACGGCGGCUGGCAAGAAAGCGCUGGCACUUUGCGAGGAGGAGCCGAUGA